AUGAAAAUGAGUGACAAUAGCCCAUACAGUUCUGUGAAGAUGUUAUGUUAUCUUAUUGGUCUAAUCAUCUUCUUAAGCACAACCCAGUUAGGUGCUGUUGACAGCAGGGCCUUACGGCCGACACGAGUCAAUAUCAGCAACGGCGCUAACAGAGAUGAGGGAAUUGAGUUCAGGGUUUCUUCAAGCAUCAAAACGAAGGGUGGUGGCUUGCCGUUGAGGAAGAUGGAAUCAGCAUUCACAUUGGCUUCCGGGCCUAGUAAAAGAGGGCCAGGCCAUUAA